UGACAUUGCACUUUAGCCAAUUAAUACAAAGCAUUCGUCUCUUUCUUUUUUUCUGCAUUUCUUUCAUCACGGGGGCCCGGCCAUAGGACAGGACACGCGCGCAUAUUUUUUGAGUGACAGCGUCUUUAACGAAUUGCUGCUCUUCUUUUAGUUUGUACAGGCGGGCUUUCUUUAGCUUCACUGGAGCGGUUAGAGGAUUUUAAAAACGGAAGAUGCUAUUGGUGGAGAAUAGUGUGCGAAAUUUAAACCCCUCGCAUUUUAUCAGUCAAAAAAGGAGAACGUGCGAUUAGGCAGGGAAUUUCAGGCAUGUUCUGGGAGGUUUACAAAGUGUGAAGGGGCGUCCAGGGAUCCCUCUUCGUCCUGGCUUUUCAGAUAGUUCAUUAGGGACUUCCGUGUCGGCUUUGCAAUCGGAAUUAUGCUUUUCAGGAUUUUGUCUUCGGCCUAGCGCUUCGAAUCGGCGAGAUCCUGGAUGGGAACUUCAGAUCUGUUUGCUUCUCCUUGAUUUUGUGCUUACAGCCUGGAUUUCUUGACCACCACCACCACCACCGAGGAAUCGGACCAGAGUGACCAGGGAGCUUCUCCAUUCGGCGAUCCGGGCUUCUCUGCGCCCCGCUGUGAAUGUGUUUGUUGCCAUGGAGGACAAUCCUACAAGUGACAGCAUGAAUUUUCGCUCCGGAUGCCGACUGAUAUUGAACACGGCUUUGGAAAAGGAAUCCUCGUUCUGCAGUGCGGAUCUGGCGGCGUCUCCCAUCACUGACCUGGCCAGCAAGUUGAACAGCCUGAGCGCCUUUGCUGAAGGCAACACACCAAAGUGCCGUCUGGACCUCUCCAAUCUGAGUCAAAAUGGCGAGCCCGACGCCUCGGACACCGGAGAGCCAGGUAAUCCCAGCUCUCCUUGUGCUUUGGAGUCUCCCCUGCAGGUUAAAAGGAGCCAGCGCUUUAAAGGAUUGCGGUCUUUGCUGCCCACGUUGAUGUGCAGCAGUCCGAAAGUCGGCCCUCCUGUGAACAGAGAACAUCGUGGAGAGCUGGAAGACCUGAGCAACAAGGAGAAUGCAAGUGGUGUUUACUGGUGUUAA